GAUGGAACCUCCUCCCGAGGGCGGGAAGCCCAGGAGCUCCGAGAGGGCGCUGCACUGAGGCGGGAAGCGCGGCAGGGGCCCCGGGAGACGGACCGCUCGCCCGCCCGGAAAGACCAAACCUCCCCAAACGCAGAGACCCCGAAUGCCGUCGUCCUGGAAACCGACUCAGUGGAGGGGACCCGGAAGCCCCUCGCGCUUCGGAUUCGGGGCUCGGACACCAUGAACCCCGACGGGGAUCCGCAGGAGCUCCCUGAGGGAGAAGUGGGGCGAAUGGGGCGGACGCCUCAGGCGGAAGAAGCUUUGGAAGACGCUGCCCUCCACUUCUCCAGGGAGCAGUGGGCAGAGGUGGGAGACGGGGAGAAAGGCGGGUACCGGGACGUGAAGAGGAACUCGGCUGCGCUCACCGGCCCAGGUCUCAGGGUCCCUCGACCAGCUUUCAUGGGUCACCGCAGGCGGGCCACCAAGCUCCAGGAGGGGGACCGUGAGGACUCUGAUGAAGAACGGGCUCCGAGGCAGCAAGUGAAACCCUGGGUGGCCUUCAGAAGGGAACACAGUAAACACCAGAAGGCAACAUCCAGAGUGCCAUUAAGCAAUGAAUAUAAUUUGAAGGAAUGUUCAGGAAUAGCAAAUUUGAUGACUGCAAGUGACUCAGAACAUGCCCAGAAAUCAAUGUCCUCUCAUGAAGAAGCAUGUGCCUCUGAAAAGCACACUAGACAAAUAUCGGAACUCAGGAGAAAGGAGAUUGACAUGAAGAGGUACAGCCUACUAGAAAGAAAGGGCCGUGUGUACCAAGAGGUCAACGAGCCCCAGGAUGAUGACUACCUUUAUUGUGACAAGUGUCAGAACUUCUUCAUCAACAGCUGUGCUGUACAUGGGCCCCCUACAUUUGUAAAGGACAGUGCAGUGGACAAGGGGCAUCCCCACCGCUCAGCCCUCACCCUGCCCCCUGGGUUGAGAAUCGGGCCAUCCAGCAUCCCUGAGGUUGGGCUUGGAGUGUGGAAUGAGGCAGCUGAUUUGCCAGUGGGUCUUCACUUUGGCCCCUAUGCAGGACACAUCACAGAAGAUGAAGAGGCAGCCAAGAGCAGAUACUCCUGGCUGAUCGCCAAAGGGAGAAACUACUAUGAAUAUGUGGAUGGAAAGGACAGAUCCUGGGCCAACUGGAUGAGGUAUGUGAACUGUGCCCGGGAUGAUGAAGAGCAGAACCUGGUGGCCUUUCAAUACCACGGGCAGAUUUUCUACCGAACCUGCCGCGUCAUCAGGCCGGGCUGUGAGCUGCUGGUCUGGUGUGGGGACGAGUAUGGCCAGGAGCUGGGCAGCAAGUGGGGCAGCAAGUGGAAGAGAGAGCUCACGUCCGGGAGAGCGGAACCAAAGUCAGAGGUGCAUCCAUCUCCCACCUGCUCUCUGGCCUUCUCCAGUCAGAAAUUCCUCAGCCAACAUGUGAAACUCAAUCAUCCCUCUCAGAUUCUCCCAGAAACAUCUGCAAGAAAACACCUCCAAGCAGAGGAACCCUUUCCAAAGGAUCAGAAUCAGCAGCAGCAACAUACUAGUACACACAGCUGGAAUGAUAAAGCUGAAAGUCAAGAGGUCAAAGAAAGGUCCAAACCUUUGCUUAAAAGAAUCAGUCAGAGGAGAAUCUUAAGACCCUUUUUCCACCCUUCCAAAGAACAAAUGAAGAACUCCAGUGAGCAUCAGAGAAUGAUGGAGGAAGAGCCCUGCAGAGGCCAGGAACAGAGUCCAGAGGGCACAGGCAAGUUAUUUGUGAAAGUAGGAAUGUCAAAAAUUGUAAUAAUCGAGCACAGAAGGUGUUGGCAAGGCUUCAGUGAUGGGUCACAUCUCAUCACACACCAGAGGACACACUCUGGGGAGAAGCCCUAUGUUUGCAGGGAGUGCGGGCGAGGCUUUACACGGAAGUCAAAUCUCCUUAGACACCAGAGGACACACUCUGGGGAGAAGCCCUAUGUUUGCAGGGAGUGUGGGCGAGGCUUUACCUGGAAGUCAGUUCUCAUCACACACCAGAGGACACACUCUGGGGAGAAGCCCUAUGUUUGUAGGGAGUGUGGGCGAGGCUUUACACGGAAGUCAGUUCUCAUCACACACGAGAGGAUACACUCUGGGGAGAAGCCCUAUGUUUGCAGGGAGUGUGGGCGAGGCUUUACACAGAAGUCACAUCUCAUCAGACACCAGAGAACACACUCUGGGGAGAAGCCCUAUGUUUGCAGUGAGUGCAGGCAAGACUUUACACAGAAGUCACAUCUCAUCACACACCAGAGGACACACUCUAGGGAGAAGCCCUAUGUUUGUAGGGAGUGCGGACAAGGCUUUACACAAAAGUCAUAUCUCAUCACACACCAGAGGACACACUCUAGGGAGAAGCCCUAUGUUUGCAGGGAGUGCGGACAAGGCUUUACACAAAAGUCAUAUCUCAUCACACACCAGAGGACACACUCAGGGGAGAAGCCCUAUGUUUGUAGGGAGUGUGGGCGAGGCUUUACACAAAAGUCAUAUCUCAUCAGACACCAGAGGACACACUUUGGGGAGAAGCCCUAUGUUUGCAGGGAGUGUGGGCGAGGCUUUACACGGAAGUCACAUCUCAUCAGACACCAGAGGACACACUCUGGGGAGAAGCCCUAUGUUUGCAGGGACUGUGGGCGAGGCUUUACAGACAAGUCAGGUCUCAUCACACACGAGAGGAUACACUCUGGGGAGAAGCCCUAUGUUUGCAGUGAGUGCAGGCGAGGCUUUACACAAAAGUCGGUUCUCAUCACACACCAGAAGACACACACAGGGGAGAAGCCCUAUGUUUGCAGGGAGUGUGGGCGAGGCUUUACACAGAAGUCAGGUCUCAUCAGACACCAGAGGACACACUCUGGGGAGAAGCCCUAUGUUGCAGAGUCCCGGGCGCUCCUCCUGCGCGAAGUUCCUGAGGUCCCCGGGGCAGACGUCGCGGCGCCCCUGCGCUCUGCGUCCCGAGACCUUCGCCCCGGGGCCCCGUCCUGCGGCCGCGGGGAGGGAAGAGAGAGCACCGGCGGGCCGAGAAGCGGCGUGGACGCCGAGGCCAACGUGGCAGCGCAGGGCCCGGCAUCCGGCCCAGACGCGGUGGAAGCGUCCGGGCCGCGCGGACACCUGCCCACGCGGAAGGCACCGAACAACCGGGAGACGGAGUCGCGGCGGUGA